GCGCCUUAUUCCUUAAAACUUGGCAGCUCACUUUCCAACGUUUCUCUUGGCCCUCGUGUGCGCUUUGCCUUUCUUCCUCCCCAAGAAUUGAGGCCCUGUGCUGUGGCCUACAAACAGCCCACGCGGUCCUCGCUCCGUCAGCGCUCCAAGAGAAAACCAGAGUGUCUUGCCGGGGAAGCCUUCUCCGUGCUAAAUAUCGCACUACCCGCCCCGGGCGUACGUACCAAGCCACCCUCCAUCCCCACACCUGCAAAAAUCAGAGAGAUGUUUCACUCGCUCGGCGCCGACCACCUUGCCACGCCCACGCCCACCUCCGCCGCUGCCGUCGCGGGCGCGGGCAUGGACGUGACGCUCGCCUACCUCCCGCUCAACGAGAACGACUCCCUCGACAUGCUCCUCUACGACGUCCUCCGCGAGGCCUCCGCCAUGGCCGCCGCACCCGCGCCCUCCUCGUCUCCCCCGCCCAAGUUGCCAGCGGAGGCCGUCGCCGCUGAUGAUGAUCUCGCCGCCACGAUCGCCGCCAAGGGCGGCACGGCCGCGGCGGAGCGGCACUACCGCGGGGUGAGGCGGCGGCCGUGGGGCAAGUACGCGGCGGAGAUCCGGGACCCGUCGCGGAACGGCGCGCGCAUCUGGCUCGGCACCUUCGGCACCGCCGAGGAGGCCGCCGCCGCGUACGACGCCGCCGCGCUCCGCUUCCGGGGCUCCAGGGCGCUGCUCAACUUCCCGCCCGCCCUCGCCGCGGACGCGCACCGUGGCCGCGCGGCGAACUAGCCAGAGACACGAGCGGUGGGGGCGAGGCGAAUCGACGCUCCAUGCCACCCCGUGCGCGCGCGCGCGUUCGCCCGCCGGCCGUUUCCUUAAUUAGCUGUGUUUGCCGCCGGUUCGCUUUCUUAGUUUUAAGUGCAUCAUCAGCCCAUCAGGACGUACAUUGAGCUCCCUAAUCGCAACGGUGCGAGUUUAUGCUUC